UGUAUUACAAAUCUAGGACAAAUUUUAUAAAGUACUAGAUCACUGUUUGUUUAUUUACAGUGUUGCUUAGAAAUUAAAAGUUGAAACAGUGAAUCCUGAACUAAAGAUAAAUGUUAUAAAAGCUUCAUAAAAGGCCUAAUAAUCAAGUAUAAACAACAAAUUAGCUUGUGAACUAUUAUAAUGCAUGUUGAGUUCAUAAAUCGAUUAUGAAAAGUAAUGUUAAUUGUUUUAAGUGCUUGGCAUUGUGUGUUCAUAUAAAGUUGUAUUAAUUGCGAAAGGUGAUACUUAUCCAUUUGUACCACAAUGCUUUUUUGAAUUUCUUGUCGCAUAGAUGUCUAAAUUUAACUCAAAACCUGAGUCGCAGUAUUAAAUGAAACAUUAAAUAACACAUAAGUGAUAUAAUUAUCAUUCAUCCCUUUACUAACACGAUUAUCAAAAGUUAACAAUGAGUGGAACCAGAAACCAAAAAUUGGAGCAUCAAAAGUCGAUUCUUGAACAACAAAUAAAACAAAAGCGACAUCAAGCCCCACAUAUCCGAGCAUCGGAUUUACAAAUAUUACGUAGUGAUGGAAAUGGAAAAACAGUUCAUGCCUACAAUGGUCCAAUGAACUUUAUCAAUAACGACCCGGAUCAUAUAGAAGUACUCGAAUCAAAACUAGCGUCAAGUAACAAUGAAGAUUUGGAAACAACAGUAUUAGAAGAUAAUUCUCGUAUUUUGCAUGACAGUGAAGAUGAAGAGAGUUCGCCUAUCGAUGUUCUCACUAAUCAGACACCAAAUAUUGAAAAAUUAGAAUACACAAUCGAUAAUCAGCCAGAUUCAGCAAUAAGUAUAAAUAGGAAGAGUGUGAAUAACUCUCACAGUAAAGAUGAAGCAGAAGGUGACAUUAAUGGCAAUAUUGAGCAGUGGGUGUUGGAACCAGGGAAGCAACAUGUUCUGUAUAAGUGCAGGAUAACUCGUGACCAAAAGGGAAUGGAUCGUGGUCUCUAUCCAAUCUAUUAUCUUCAUCUUGAGCGCGACACAGGCAAAAAAGUCUUUCUUUUAGCUGGUCGGAAACGAAAGAAAAGCAAAACAUCGAAUUAUGUUAUAAGUGCAGAUCCUACUGAUCUCAGUCGUCAAACUGAUGGAUUUGUGGGUAAACUCAGGUCAAACAUACUCGGCACUUCUUUUUUUAUGUACGAUAAUGGACUGAAGAACAAUAUCGAAACACCACGUUUGGACCUUGGCGUUGUGAUUUAUGACACAAAUAUUUUAGGAUUCAAAGGUCCUCGUAACAUGACAGUUCUUAUUCCGGGACUUGACGAUGAUGAUCAGCGUGUCAAGAUAAGUUCAGUAGAUGACUCACAACAGGGAAUAUUGGAUAGUUUCAAAUCAAAAAAUAUGGAUAACGUUGUCGAGCUUCACAAUAAAACACCAGUUUGGAAUGAUGAAACGCAGUCAUAUGUACUUAAUUUUCAUGGUCGAGUAACGAAAGCAUCUGUGAAGAAUUUCCAAUUGAUUCAUGACUCAGAUCCUGAAUAUAUUGUAAUGCAAUUUGGACGAACAGCCGAUGAUAUUUUCACAAUGGAUUUUCGAUAUCCUUUAUGUGCAUUACAAGCAUUUCAAAUAGCGCUCAGUAGUUUUGAUGGAAAACUUGCUUGCGAAUAAAUAUUUAGGAAAGAUUUGAGAAUUGCUCAAAUUUUAGAAAUCUCGAUUGAUUCAAAUUACUGAAACAAUUUACAUUAGAACUCUGUUUAUAGUUAUUAGUUUACUUUUCAAACUAUCUAAUAGAAAAGCUUCACAUUUGAUCUGAAGAAAUAGAAUAAUCGUAAUUAUUUUAAAUUUAAAGUUUUGUGUGAAAUAAUCUCUUGAUUCGUUAAGCAACUUUUCAUUCCUUGUAACACUCAAAUUAAUUUUAUGAUGAUAAAAGUUUCAAAUUGGACCUUUCAAGAAAUUUUAGUUCUUAAAAUUAUUAAAUUGAAAUGUUUUCUCAGCUUAAGGCUUAAGUCAAUUUGAAAGUCAGUGAAAUAUUAAAUCAUUGACUAUAAUAUUGGAAAGUGUCCUUUAGUUGCCAUAAUUACAGUAAAAUUAACAUCAUAGAACGUGAUUUUUGUCAUUUUCAUGA